AUGGACCAUGAAAUUAAAGAUAAUAAUACACAAAUGUUUCACUCACUAUAGUUUCAUUUUCCCUCCGCAGACUUCGAGCACUAUACCACGGUGCUCAUGCCCAGUAUCUUUGGCAUCAUCUGCCUGCUGGGCCUUCUCGGGAACACCAUCGUCAUCUACACCAUCGUCAAGAAGACCAAGCUGUGCUCCCAACACACGGGCCCGGACAUCUUCAUCUUCAGCCUGUCCAUGGCCGACCUCCUCUUCCUUCUCGGCAUGCCCUUCCUCAUCCACCAGCUGGUCGGCCGUGGCUCCUGGUGCUUCGGCUCCACCAUGUGCACCGUCAUAACUGCGCUCGACUCCAACAGCCAGAUUGUCAGCACCUACAUCCUCACUGUCAUGACGUUGGACCGCUACCUAGCAACCGUUCACCCAAUCCGCUUCAAGCACAUCCGUACGCCGUUCAUGGCCGGAGCAGCUGUGGCGCUAGUUUGGGUGUUUUCUCUCGUGUCCAUAACUCCAGUUUGGAUGUACACCGGACUCAUGCCGCUAAAGGAUGGCACGGUUGGAUGCGCGCUACUUCUGCCCAACCCAGCUACCGAUACGUACUGGUUCACGCUAUACCAGUUCAUCCUAGCUUUCGCACUACCGCUAGUCGUCAUCUGCGGCGUUUUCUUCAAGAUUCUUCAAAACAUGUCGGUAACGGUCGCACCUCUCCCCCAGCGUAAUUUGAGAAUCCGGACUCGUAAAGUGACGCGCAUGGCCGUGGCUAUAUGCGUGGCGUUUUUUAUCUGCUGGGCGCCACACUACAUCCUGCAACUGGUUCAUCUCGGAGUGCAGCGGCCGACGUUUGCCUUCAUGUACGCGUAUAACAUCGCGAUUAGCUUGGGGUACGCUAACAGCUGCAUCAACCCGUUCAUCUACAUCGCGCUGAGUGACACGUUCAAGAGGCACUUCCUGGUGGCAGUGCGGUCGACCUAUCGCGGGUUCCGGGUGGCACCAAUGGCGGGGGAUGGGAGCAUGAGUUUGAGGCUAGCUCCGGAUAGUUCGCAGCAGUCCUCCGGAGAGCUGCUACAGAAUAUGUUGCCAGUUACCGUCACCAUUCACAAGUGA